AUGACAGAGGAACAAUGUGAUUAUGUAUUCAAGUUUAUUAUCAUUGGCAAUGGGAAUUGUGGCAAAACAAGUCUACUAUAUCAUUAUAUUCAUGGAACAUAAAUAUGCAAUGUAAGAUAGACACUGGGUGUUCAAUUUUCAGCUAAAAUAGUAUGCGUGAAUAAAAAAAAAAUAAAGAUGCAAUUGUGGGAUACAGCAGGUUAAGAGAGAUAUAGAUCUUUGACUAAGGGUUAUUAUCGCGGAGCACUCGGAGCCUUAAUUGUGUUUGACAUUACUAACUCAGACUCUUUUGAUGCCUUGUAAGAUUGGAUCAAACAUGCAAGAGACUUCUCAAAACCUUCUAUUCAGAUUAUUAUAAUUGGAAACAAAGCAGAUUUAGACAAAGAGAGAUCAAUUUCAGAGUAAACUGCAAAAUAAUUUUGUUAAGAGAAUGAUGUUCAAUACAUUGAAACUAGUGCAAAUACUGGCUAUUAGGUUAAUGAGGCUUUUACAUAAAUUACAACCAAAGUUUUAGAUUUACUCUAAGAAGGAGCAAUUGAUGAAAAUAUGAUUAAACCUAAAUUUUUAACCUCUAAAAAGAGUGAUGAAACCUAACCUACAUAGCAAUGCAAUUGUUGA